GUAUCCUGACGACCAUAGAAGCGUUUUAAUUGGUUAGAAUUAGUCACGUGGACGGUAUUUUCAUCAGUACCGCCAUCCACGGCUCUUUUUCUAUCUGGUAACAAUGGCAUACACAACUGGAGGAACCAAAAAACGAAUUUGCUAUUACUAUGAUGGUGAUGUUGGAAACUAUUACUAUGGACAAGGGCAUCCAAUGAAGCCACAUCGUAUUCGAAUGACACAUAAUUUGUUACUUAACUAUGGAUUAUACAGGAAAAUGGAAAUAUAUCGACCCCACAAAGCUACUGCAGAGGAGAUGACAAAGUAUCAUUCAGAUGACUAUAUUAAAUUUCUAAAAACUAUCAAACCUGAAAACAUGUCAGAAUAUAACAAGCAAAUGCAAAGAUUUAAUGUUGGUGAGGACUGCCCGGUUUUUGAUGGCAUGUUUGAGUUUUGCCAGCUUUCUGCAGGAGGAUCAGUUGCGGGUGCUGUGAAGUUGAAUAAGCAGCAAACAGAUGUUGCUGUUAAUUGGUCAGGAGGCUUGCAUCAUGCAAAGAAGUCGGAGGCCUCUGGAUUCUGUUACGUCAACGAUAUUGUGCUUGCCAUCCUUGAGCUUCUUAAGUACCAUCAGCGUGUUUUGUACAUCGACAUAGAUAUUCACCAUGGUGAUGGGGUGGAAGAAGCAUUCUAUACCACUGACCGAGUCAUGACAGUUUCUCUGCACAAGUAUGGAGAGUACUUUCCAGGAACUGGCGACCUGCGAGAUAUCGGUGCAGGAAAAGGCAAGUACUAUGCAGUCAAUUUCCCGUUGAGGGAUGGCAUAGACGAUGACUCGUACGAAAAAAUUUUUAAUCCGAUUAUCUCAAAGGUAAUAGAAGUCUACCAGCCAAAUGCCAUUGUUCUCCAGUGUGGAGCUGACUCUCUCUCCGGUGAUCGACUUGGCUGCUUCAAUUUGUCUCUUCGUGGCCACGCCCAGUGUGUAGAGUUUGUGAAGAAGUCAAUUUGCCAUUGUUGCUUCUUGGUGGUGGUGCUAUACCAUUCGCAACGUGGCACGUUGUUGGACAUACGAACUUCGGUUGCGCUUGAGAUUGAUAUUCCAAAUG